AUCGAUUGGUUAACUCUUUUCCAAGUGGCCCAGUUCAAGUAGUUGUGCUAUAAAAGUCAUGCCAGUUUAAGUAAACGGGCAACUCUCUUUGCACAUUCUGUUGAUCUUCUAGGAGAGAGACAUUUGAGACUAGAUCUGGAAAAACUCUGUACUUUCUGAUGAAUUAGCUCUGUAGCAUACUCCAUGUACAUGUAGAAACUCACUGGUUUUUGUUUUGCUCUGAAAUCUCCUGCACAAGGACAAACAAUCAGAGAAGAAAGUAGUGUACAUGUAGACAUUUACUUAAGAGUCAAGAACCGUCAGUGACAUUUAUUAUUCUAGUGUAUGAAGUGAGGAAAUCUUUGCAAUGACAUUGUUUAAAUUGCAUUUUAUUAGACAAGUGCUAGUGACUGUUGCUGUGAACUGCUAGCACAUUGUAGUUUGUGAGAACUUUUGCAGUAAACUUUGCAACUUUGAUCUGAAGUUUGCAUUUUGAUUGACAACUUUAUAAUCAAAGUGACCAGUGUGCAGCACACCUUUGUAAUUUCAAAUGAACUGCAGAAACUGUUGGAAAAUGUUGUGUCCAGCCACACUGUUAUUAAAAAUGAAAGUAUUGUAUUGCAAAGAUCACUUUCACUUUCUACUCUGACCAUCUGCAGUUCAUGUGAUCUUUCUUUCACACAUAAGCCUGGUUCAUUGUUCUCAUAUGCCGCCAACAUACCUGGGACAUAGCUGCCGGCAUGGCCUGGGACACCGUAUGGUAUAUGUGAACAUUUAUUGCGGUAUCAUAAUCUGUUCCAGGCAUUGACUGCUGGCUUACCUGCGAAGUUGAGCUGAAUUCAACUUCGCAGGCAAGCCGGCGUUUGUUGGCAAUGAAAUAUUUUAUGUGAACAUCAUCUGGACCAUCUGUGGAUACAACGUAUGACGUAACAACUCGAUUUUUUCCCACAAUUCCAUACUUUACAGAUGGAAUGGUUGAAAUUUGCGCCAAUUUGAUUUGCACUUUAUGCCAAUUUGAGUAAGUUGGUGAUCCAUCACAGAUGUGCCAGGACGCACUGAAAUAGAUCGCCGAAUGUUGUCACUUGCAUCGGCGAUUACGUUGCAGGUAGGUCGGCAGCAUUUGAGAACUAGGCUAUACAGGUACCAUUUGUUAUGUGUGGAAUUAUGAGGCUACUAGUGGAAGGCAUAUUUCAAACUACCCGUAAUUCAUUAACUUAUGUUUUAAAUUGCUUCUUCACAUAACAGGAAGGCUUGGCAUGGGCUGGGUCAAAUGUCAAAGCAAGAUGCUAUGGAGUCUUACGUCUCUGAAUUAAAACAGGUAAUGCAAAACUUGCCAGAUGGCGAUGAAGCAGCAGAGUUUAGUGAAGUGCUCAAGGCAUUUUAUACUUUAGUCUACGAAGGUCAAGAUGAGCAACCUCCUGCAAUUCUUAAAAUGUUUGAGAAUGAGAAAAAAGUUCCAGAAAAGCUCAAGGCCAGUAAAGAAAUCAAAUCAAAAGGACAUCACGCAGCACAUGACGAGAAUGUGCCAAAUGGAUACAGUGAUGAAUGUGAUGUGAAUGGUACUUGCGAGGAGUUCCCAGUUAAGGUCAAUGGAUUUCCACAUAGAGAUAGCAUGGACAUGAGAGCAGGAUUUCCACACAGGGAUAGUUUGGCACUCAGACACGAAAAGCAGUAUGAUUUAAAUGGCCUACAGUUUUCAAAUGCAGUAAAUCCAGUUCUUAUUAUAUCCCCGGAUGAAUUAAAGGAGGAAAGUGAUGGUGAAUUGAACGAGGGUGAAGAUGAUGAUGAUAGUGGAAUUCAGAAUGGAUUGUCUGAAGUUCCACCUUUGACGCCAAGUAAUGGUGAUUUACUGAGACCCAAAGGAAGAAGCAGAGUCAUUUUGACUAGUGAUGAGAGUGAAGAAGAUGAAUUUUGUGACUCCUUAGACCCUGAACAUCUGAAAGAGUUGCAGAAUGGAAAUCAUAAGGCAGAAGAAGAAGAGGAAGAGGAAGAUGAAGAGCUCAAUCUUGAUGACAAACUUCAAACAGUCAAUUCAACAAGGAGCAGCAAUUCUACUAGCUCACCAGAACAUGCCACAAACUCAACAUUGUCAGAAUCUGAAAAUUCUGAUUUAGAAAGCAAUUUAAAAAGCUCGCAGCUUUUGACAAGUACACCAUAUGCCAAACAUGUAACGUUUGCUGUUGAAGGCAGUGACUCUAGUACACUCACCAUGGUUAAUUCAGACUUGUCGGAGGUUGAACCCUUGGUCAAUGAGGAGUGCUUUUCUGAAGUCACUCCUGUUCUUGAGAAUGAGCAAGACAGUCAAGGUGAAGCCAAUGUACAUGUAGUUGUGACUGAGUAUGAAUCAUUUAUACCUUUUGAUGAAGCCCCUAAAAAGCCAGCAGGAAUCCUCAAGUCACACCAUGUGGUAAGAGAAUGUGGAGGGGGUGAUGCAAACCAACAGCCAUCUGGGCGGAGUCAUACAAGUCGUGCACGGCAGUCACAUGGAACUAAGAGCAGAGAAGGUUCCAGUGCUGUGACUGGAGUGAGCCGCCCUCCAAGAGGACACAGACGGAGAAGUGAUAGUGACAGUGAAGAUGAACUAACAAGUGAUCACACGAGUGGACCAGAUUACGAUUCGGCAGGCGACAGGGAUGAAAUCAAUGAAAGGAUCGUAAAGGCUCUUGAGCGACUACACCAGGACAUGAAAAGUGUAAUAAGCCGUCUUAGCAUGAUGGAGGAAGCAGUGUUGUCACGGCAGGAUGCAGCUUCUAGAUCUGACCAGCCAUGGUGGAAAGAUUAUGUUCCAUCAAAACCUUUGGUGUUUCUCAUCCUUUGGCCUUUCAUUGUCAACAUUGUCUUUUACUACUUCAGAAGUAGAAGGAAAUCACAGCCAAGAUAAUGAGGACAAACUGUACCAGAUGAUAAGUCAUUACCAUAUUGUAUGUGAUGCCGUGGCUUGCAUGGUCGGUCAGUAGGGUCUCUUCAACAAGAGCAGUUUUUAAUUACACACGACAAGUGGAUGUGAAACUGUGAAAGAUGCCCUGGUUACAGGCGAUGCAGGGAUUGAACACAAAAAUACAUGGUACUUUACCAAGGUUCAACCAGGUGGUGACACCACCAUCUCUGGAUUAAAUUUUAGUUGGUUGACAUUUCAAGGGUUAGGUUACAAUUCAUUGGGUUUAAAAAGUUAGUUCAAGUUGCAUUAUUAAAAAUGCGACGGCUACAUGUAUACUAUAAUUCCAAUUACAUCGCACAUUAGGAAUGAGAAGGGCCUGUUAGAAAUGGAAGGGGUCCAGAAACAGGUUAAUAGAUUGAAGUAAUUACUUUUUAAAAGUUCAAAAGCUCAGGUUUUGACAGAACAUCUCAAUAAUGGGAACCUAACUUAUCUUUAGAGUGUUGUGUACACCAGGCACUUCACGGGAAGUUAUGGUUAGGGAGAACAUGCUUCAUAAACUUCACAUCCAAAUGCUUGCUUGGCGUAUUUUGUUGAUCUUGUCUAGUCUUCUUGAUGUUCAAUUCAAACAUGCUCAAUCUUGUUGACACCAUACUUGUUAAUUAUUGUGAAAAAUGAUUAUAAUCGUUUUUAUAUGUAGUCAAUUAAUUUUCAGUGGGGUUGUUCUAUUUCUAUUUUAGUAAAUAUUAUUGUAACACAAUUAGUUCCCAAAAUGAGAUGGGUAUAAUUUACCUGAGGUAAAAAAAUUGUACUCACAUUCACAUUAAGAGAAGUAACUAGUGCUUUUCAUUGAAGGUAAACAUUUCAAUUGCAGUCUUUUUCAGACUCUUGUCUGGCACAUAAUGGAAGCAAGUAACACUUUUCAUUCAUAAAACUCACACUCCAAAAUUAAUUUUGUAUGCUUUGUUUAUUAAUAAUAGAUAUAUUUACUGUAUCUAACUUAAAUUAAAAUGGAAAUCUUCCAUGAAUCUUAGGUGGAAGCAGUGUACCUGACUGCUAUAUACAGACAUUAUUUUAUAAUUAUAUUUAUGGAUAAAUAUCUCCCAGGGCUGUAUGGGUCAGUGCACAUUUUAGGGACAAAUGAUCCCUUCUAUGAACUUUUAUGAUUUCACUAAAUGCAGACUCGUUCUUUAUCAUUGCACAUGCAACAAUAUACAUACUAUACAUGCACUGCCAUCAACAAUUAUAUUAUAUCAUGUCAAGUGUCUUACAAACAGCGACAAUAUUACUUACCAACUGUAUAUUUUUUUCAUAAGGCGUAAUUACAUUUUCAGUGUUUUGGUAGGGUUAAGCUACAGUUAACAGGUGGUGGAAACUCUGUUAGACACUGUUUGAGAUGUACCAUGUAGUGACAAAGACCAUUGUGACAGGGUUGCCACAGGUCAGGAAAUGGUCAGGGAAAAGUCAGGGAAUUUUAUUUUGAGUCAGGGAAAAUAGAUAUUGUGAAGAAAAAAGUCAGGGGAAAUUAAAAUAGUUUAAUAAGGCCGAUUUAAUACUAUUGAAGGCUGCAAGAAACAUUUGGGUCACUGUGAUCUCAGUGAUAUUUUCCCUUAAUGAAAAAGGAAAAUCUGUUGAAAAUUAUCACUCUUAAUGAAUGAUUGGAAGAAGUAGUCCCCACUAGACCUGCCGUUUUGGAUUUCUUUGGUUGGAGAAAUUUUAUUUUUAGCUGAGAUAAGUCAGGGAAAAGUCAGGGAAUUUUGAAAAGGGAUGUUUAUGGUAACCAUAUGCAAACAUUUUGAGCAUUUUUUAUUUUAUUUCAGUUUCCUGGCAUUUGUGUCAGUCCCUUCAUCAGGGCAGUGUCUUUUUAUUGCCAACAAAUAUCUGCAAAACUUCCUGAAACAGUGUUUAGUAGAGAUUUCAUCCUCAUACCAUUAGUUGAAAACAUUGUUUUAAAAAGAUAUCUCUGCAGACAAUCACAGUUAAAACAGGAAAUGUUCCUUUUAAACUGUUAUAUUCAUUACAUGGUCGAUUGAUUGUGCAAACUUUACAUUAUUUAAUGAAAAAGAACUCUGAAAGAUUAAUCUUGUUUGAAGUUGGUUCAAAUUUAUUCAGUAUUCAAGUAAAAAAAGGUGAUAAUAAAAGACUUAACAGUCAUUAAACUCAAA